GCAUACUAGUCUUUGUCUCAAUCAAGCGCACAAUGAAAUGAAAAAAAAAAGGAAAAUAGAAAAGUUGUUUGAAGCGCAUGAUGCAAUAAAACAAAACCAUUUUAUUAUAGUUCUUUCUUUAAAAAUAUCAUCACAUGGGAAUCUUCAUAAAAAUUCAUUGCACAAUCAUCAUUACCUUCACCAUUACUGUUCUUGUUCUUCAUUAAUCUAAUCUCCUUUUGGGCCUUUUACUAUUCCUACUUAAAUUCUCAACUAUUAACCACCAACCUCCUCCUAAAUCCAAUUUGUUCUUAUUAUCUUUUGUCGUUUAGCAACGAAGAAUAGUGUUCAGGGUUUUGGAAAUUGAAAUUGGAAUUUGCGAGCUUGUAAUUGUUCAUUUUAAGCAUGAUCUUGAGUUUCUGUUGUUUUUUUGUAUUUUUCUUCAAGUUAUUCUAUCAUCACCUGCUUUGAGGUUUGAUCUUGAACCUUUUCUGCUUUUGAAUUGAGAUAUUUUGGUGUAUGGAAAUUUUGGAUUUUGCUUGGUGUGUGUUGUUUUUGUGAUGGUGAAAUGCUUCUUCUUGAAGGGGAAACUCGGGUUUUGAGUUCAUAAAGGGGGAGAACAUGGAUUUGCAUGAAUCUCAUUCUUGGACCCUUGGAGGUCUGAUUGGAGCAUUUAUUGACCUUGUUAUAGCUUACUUCUUGCUAUGUGGGUCAGCUUUUGCUUUCUUUGUCUCCAAAUUCUUCUGGUUUUUUGGACUCUUUAUGCCAUGCCCCUGCAAGGGUAGUUUUGGGUAUAUGAACAGCACUUUCUGUGUUCACAAACUGUUAUUUGAAUGGCCUUCAACAAAGAUAUGCUCAAUUCAAGUGAUGGCAGUGAAUAGGUUCCCUUUUGAUCUUGUUAGGGUGAAGGGGCAUUCAUGUGGCAAUGAUAGGGAUGUUGUUGAGUUGGAGGAUGAGGCUUCUUGUAGUUCGUGUUCGGGGCCUCGUUUGCUUCCUUUGGUUGAGAAUGAAAAUGGUUAUGAUGCUAAGGGGAAGAGGGUUAUGAGCUUGAAAAGAAGAUCCGGAAUUCGGCGUCGUCGGAGGGCUAAUAAUUAUGGUUCUGGGAAGUUGACUUUGGUUAGUGGUUCUGAUAGUAUGCAGUCUAAUGUUGCUUCUACUUCGCUCUUGCCUUGUGACGAUGGGAUUGCAGGAAAAACCAAGGAAAAGAUAAAUCCUGAUCCAAGGAAAGAAGUUGCUCUACUUGAUGUUGAUGAUGUUCAAACUGGCCAUGAUUUGGAUGUAAAGACAUGUGAUAGUUAUGAAUUUAAUGGAUCAAUGGUGGAUAGUCCAGGCCAAGACAAAUGUUCUUCUUUGUUGGAAAAUUACAUCAAUAGCGUGCGAGACGCAGUCCAGGUUCAUGGGAAUGGAGAAGAACGGAUCAAGAUUUUGGAAGACGCACUAGAAGAAGAGAAAGCUGCCUAUGCUGCACUCUACCUAGAGCUAGAGAAGGAGAGAGCUGCAGCCGCUACUGCUGCUGAUGAAGCCAUGGCUAUGAUAUCUCGUUUGCAGGAGGAGAAGGCAUCAAUGGAAAUGGAAAUGAGGCAAUAUCAGAGGAUGAUAGAAGAACGAUUCACUUACGAUGAAGAGGAGAUGAUUAUUCUGCAAGAGAUCCUCAUAAGGAGGGAAAGGGAGAAUCACUUUCUGGAAAAGGAGCUCGAAGCUUAUAGGCAGAUGGGUUUGAGAGGAAGUGACAGGUCAAAUAAUGGCAAGCCAAGGGUGUUAUCGGAUGAAUGGGAACAAGCACUUCCUAUUAUGCUCGAAACACAUGAAGAGGUACUGCAGAAUGAAUGCACUAUAUCAGUCAAGAAAGAUGAACCCUCAAAUAUUUCCUCGGAUUACAUGUUAGCUCCAACUUGUAUCAGCAUGGAAGGUGGAGAAAUGCGGGCAAAAGACAUAGAACAUGAUACUGAGCCGGAUGUUCUUGAUGUCCAUGUUGUUGAUGACAACAUAGAACUUAGGGAACAGGAAAAUAAAACAAAUAAUAAUAUAGUGAGUAAGUGUCCUAGGACAGGCAAUGAUUCAGGAAGGGAUUCUUCAUGUUUAAACAACAAUGAAAAGCUGAAGAUUGACACAGAGAUCGAGAAGCUCGGAGAAAGGCUGAAGAUGAUACAGCAUGAGAAAGGAAAAUUGUAUAUCUUUGCAGAGAAUGGAGAAAGUGAAAGGGUUCAGUCGAAUCUUUUAGAGGAGAUAUCAGGCCAGAUUCUACAGACUAAAGAAUUGAGAAACAUUGUUCGUGGAGCUUCCUUGCCUCCUUCAUCUGUUAAGGUGAGCUUGAGGAAAAGACGCUGCCAAAGUGCUUCUUGGGAAUCUAGUGAAAGUUCAUGAGUUUUGUGCCUAUGGCACUCUGGAAAUUGUAAAUGGCAACCAACUUCGGUAGCUACUUUGGUAUUCAGUAUUCAUCACUAGCACCUAGUAUUCCAUGUUGUUAUGUUUUAGGGUGUAAAUAAACUUUAUCAUAGCCCCAAUAAAGCUCAAAAUGUAGUUAAAAUAAGCAGUUUUUAAGCCUUAGUACAAGUCAUUCCCCCACCCUUUGCGUUUGUUGUUUGCCUUGGUGGGAUAUGAUCUGUAAUCAUAUUUUUCUUGUGAUCAUUAGUUUGAUCUUCCGUUCUUUGUUGAAGUAGCUUUUGAGGUAUUAUUAUUAUUAUCAUGUCUAUAAAGCAUAGAGGACAACUUGUGAAUGUAAUUAUUUGUUUUUUCAGUUUCUUAUUGUAUUAAUAUGAUUACUUGCA